AUGGAAGCCAGAGAUAACUUAGGAAGAACGCCUUUACAUAAAGCGGCAUCUGAGGGAAAAAUGGAUAUUUUGAAGGCCCUUCUGGAUUUAGAUAUAGACGUAUGGGCGAUAGACAAACAGAGCAAUACUGCGCUUCAUCUUGCAGCUAGUCGUGGUCAGGUGAACGCAUUGAGGAAACUCCUUUCCAAUGGCGCAAAUAUCGAAGCUAGAAAUAGUUUCGGUUGGACUUCCCUCCACUGGGCGUCCCGAAACGGGUGUAUUGAUGCUAUGAAAAUGCUGAUGGGAGCUGGAGCAGAUAAAGACGCAAGAGAUAAUGAUGGGGAAACGCCGUUGCAUUUGUCAACAUGGUAUAACCACACGGAAGCUGUGAAGACGCUUCUGUCAGCCGGGGCUGCAGUGCGUGUGAGAGAUACGAGUGAUAUUACGCCACUGCAUUACGCAGCUUCGCUCGGCCACCAAGGAAUCGUAAAGCUGUUACUGGAUUAUGGAGCUGACAAGAAUGCUAGAGACAAGGAUGGCGAUAGUCCUCUAGGAAUUGCGUUGCGUUUGAGUUAUACUGAAGUCCCAGUUCAUGACUUAACCAUUGGUGUUGAAUUUGGUGCUCGAAUGGUAACAAUUGAUGGUAAACACAUAAAACUUCAGAUUUGGGAUACUGCUGGUCAGGAAGCAUUUCGCUCGAUUACGCGUUCUUAUUACAGAGGAGCUGCUGGUGCCUUGUUAGUGUAUGAUGUGACGAGGCAGGAAACAUUCAAUCACCUGUCUUCAUGGCUUGACGACGCUAGGCAGCAUUCGAAUUCCAAUAUGGUCAUUAUGUUGAUUGGUAAUAAAAGUGAUCUUGAAUCUAGGAGAGAAGUUAAAAAGGAAGAUGGAGAGGCUUUUGCCAGAGAACAUGGAUUAGUCUUUAUGGAGACAUCUGCUAAAACUUCGGCAAACGUUGAAGAAGCCUUUAUGAAUACAGCAAAAGAAAUUUAUGAAAAGAUUCAAGAGGGUGUUUUCGAUAUAAAUAAUGAAGCAAACGGAAUAAAAAUAGGUCCUCAACAUUCUCCGGGUUCAACUCUGUCUGGUGAUGGAAAAACAUCAACACGGAACUCUGCAUGCUGCUGA